AUGCAUCCUUUACUCUUCACUAAAGACAACGCUGGGUGCGAGCAGUUGAUGGCGGCGCUCGAGGAGUGCCAUGCGAAGGGGUUCAUAUGGAAAGCGGCGGGCAUGUGCAACGAUGCCAAACAACAACUCACUGAAUGCCUUCGAGCCGAGCGGUUGAAGAAUCAGAGCCUGAAUCGGAACAGCGUCCAGGACAAACGAUCCAAGAUACGACAAAAGUGGAAAGAAAUCGACGAGAAUUCAUAG